GCCUGUUGGGUACUUCGAGCUUUUUUCUAGAUUUUGGUAAAAGAUCAUUACAUCCACUUCGUAGUUAAAUUAGGUCUGCACCUUUGGCCGUGGCACGUUUCGAUAUAGGUUGAAGUACUUGUGUUCAAAUACGCUGCGUUUGUGUGUGUGCUCGCUGGUCACCAUGAUGGGUCGUCACGCCACGAAGAAAUCGGCGGAAAAAGAAGGGAAAAAAAAAGACCAACAGUUACGAACCGGCAAAAGGAAGGAAUACGAUCUGAAUAAAGAUGGCUCAAAACAGAAGACUCCACAACCGCACAAGUCACGCGAUUCGGACCCUAUUACGAAGGUCCAACAUAUAUUGAAAAUCGUUUUGCCCCAUAGACUUCGGCAUUGCGAUCCAGCAUUCAUCGGUGUGUUAUGCGGGCUCUUUGUUUACAUACUUUACUUAUUUGGAAUUGUUCACUGGCUGACCUCGUGGGUACCUCUUGUUGGUGACCUUCCUCUGCUUGUGGCCAUAGCUGGGCUUCUGCGCUUUGGUACCGAGUACUUCCUCUCCAUGAAGAACCUGUCUUCAGCGAAGAAGGCUGUAUUGGUAACAGGCUGUGACUCUGGUUUCGGGCUGGUUCUUUGUAAACGCUUGGUUGCCACUGGUUUUUCAGUCUUCGCAGCAUGUUCGGAUCUCGAUGGGGAAGGUGCCAAAGAGCUGCGGGGGCACCAUUCAAAAAAGAUUCGUGUAAUUGAAAUGGAUGUUACCAGUGAAGAGAGCGUUAAAACUGCUGCGUUCCAUGUUAAACGCUUUCUAGAUCAGUCAGCAACUGAAGACCAUGGCCCAUUUGGUAAAAGGCUUCGCCUCUGGUCGGUAAUAACAAAUGCAGGCGUUGGCCUCUUGGCACCAUUCGAGGUAACGCCAAUGCUGGAGAUCGAAAACCUCUUUCAAGUAAACGUAUUUGGCGUAGUGCGGACGGUUAAAGCAUUCCUACCAUUUCUAAGACGCUGCAACGGACGUGUAAUCGUUACAUCGAGUCUGGCAGGUUCUAUCCCAGUACCAAAUCUAAUUGCCUAUUCAAUGUCAAAGAUGGCUGUUAAAGCAUUUGCAAUUGGCCUUCAACGAGAGCUACGACCUUUUAGAAUUAGAUGCAUAACAAUCGAGCCAUUUUUCUACAGAACUCGAUUGAUAGUGAGUCCAGAACAGUCAUUAGGCGUAAAGGUGGGUGCGGUUGACGACACCGAUCAACGGACAAUCUAUGCAGCAUUUAUUGAAGAGUGGGAACAGCAAAAAAAGAUUAUACAGAACCAGGCCGACGAUAUGGAGGCGCCUAUGCGUGCGUUUGGCCACGCUUUGUGUUCCGUGCGACCUAAGCCAUGCUAUUACGUCAUGUCGUCGAUGUUGAGGAUGUUGAUCUAUUUAGCUCCGCUCUUCGACGUCUCGUACACAGACUUUGUAAUCGCGUUCAACAGGAAUCCAGCCCAAACUAUGGAUGACAUAAUUAGUCUGGAGGACGAUCGAUCUAGUGAAUCUCGUAAAAUUCAGUUACAGGGCAAUCGGAAAGUGGAAAAAGACAAAAAGACCAACAAAUCAUCAACAAAACCUAGUGCGCACUCCAAAAAGGGAUCACCUGACUGCGGGGAAGCAACGCCCAGCGCCGACAGUUCGGGGAACUCGCCACAACCUGCUGCACAAAAAGAAGCGAACGUUUCUAGGAGGGCGCUGAAGAAAGAUGACGAAGGGAGCCCGGGCGAUAAACGUCCAAGCCAAAACGCUACUCCUGAUAAGAAAAAAUGAUGCUGUAUUAUAACGUUAUAAAUUUAGAAAAUUAUAUAGAAUUUAAAAAAUUGUAGGUGUCUAUGUUACAAUGAGAUAGUUAUGAUGCACAGUAAUGACUACUUGACGCAUACGCAGAUGUGCAAUUAUGCAAUACAAUUGCACAAUUACACAAUAAAUAAAAACAAAAGCAGUGACAUUUCUAGCUUACGGGUCGAUCGAUGUUUUAGGCGUUACGAAAAUUUCGAAACAGAGAAUUGUACAACAUCCGUACCCUCGUAAGAAUAAACCUUAACGACUCUAGUUCUUAUACAGAACUUGUCCGCAUAGAAGUAAUACAUCUUCAAUGACAACUUAAUUAGGUUUUAUAACCGUGAUAGAAAUCAAGCCUAUUUUUGAGUAAAUCAAGCAACGUUAAAGCAAUUCGCUGGCAAAUAUACGGAGACAAA